GUUUCGGAUCCUUCUACUUCAUGCUGGUAGAGAUUCCGCGAAUGGUGCCGCGGCGACAACGCGACGGACGAACCGAUCGAGCGACGGAGCGCGACGUCUGUGCUGACGGAGCGAAGGGAGCGACGAAGGAAGGACGGAAGGUGGCUUCGCAGGAGGGUGAAAGGGAGGCAAGGGAGGGAGCGAACGAACGAACGAGCAACGCUAGAUAUUCCCCGUUCCGCCGCGUAUAUCUUGGCCGUGUUAAAGGGGCCCUUGGAUGUGCCUUGGAUAGUCGUGCGGAUCGAGCCCUGGGUCUCGAGUUUUUUUCCCUCUCGUUAACUGCAUCGGAGUCGGUGAAUUUUUACGGAAAAUCGACCUUGAUGGCUGUCAGGGUAUCGCGGCGGGUCUGUAACUCGUCAGUGUCGUUUAACCCCGACUUUUUUAUUAAAGUGUCUCGUUCGACACUGCUAUGCUACGCUAGUUGUUAAGUAUUAUGUGCAACCGUCGGGAGGAGGGAGAACCAGCGUUGAUUGUUGAGCAACGGUGACCAGAAUAAAGAGAAAAAAAGAUAAAGAAGCUAGAAGGAACGAAGAAAAAGUCGCAAAGAGGGAGUCCGCUUUUUUUAAAACUGGAACUACCAACCUCUGUUUUCUCGACCCAACAACUACACACCGUUACUGUCGGCCGCACCAACACUCAUACCACCAACGGUGAAGGUGAACGCUCAACGUUAGACGAGGAAAAAAAAAGACUACGAUAAAAAGAAAAAUAAUAACAAUAAUAAUAAUAAAACGAAGAAGAAGAAAAAGAGGAAGAGGAACCAAUCAGUCACAAAAUAAACACGAAUCACCGCGUUAUCAAAAGUAGUGAAAAAUUUUGAUUCCUAUUUUUCUCCCGUUUCAUCUCCUCUCGUAAAUUGUCCCACAUCUUUGCAUCCCCAGGGAUUCUCUCGGUAUUGGAAUUCGAGUAUAAAUCCGAGAGUAAGUAAAGAGAAAAGAAGAAUCACCCACCCUAAAGCAGACUGUCAAAAACACCUGGGGUUUCAUCGUCAGUCGUUGAGACGGUCAAGCGUAUACAAUAAAGUGGCAGGGAGACAGGUAAAAUGUUCACUGGCACGGUUAAGGUAAAAAUAUGCGAAGCAUCUGGCCUGAGGGCAACGGAUAAGCAGAGAAAAUUCUGGCAAGACGAACCGCCGAUUCUGGAUCCCUAUGUCCUUCUGGACGUCGACGAGAAUCAGCUCGACCGCUCUUCGACCAAACCAAAGACCUUCGAUCCUGUGUGGAACGAAUCGUUCACGCACCAUGUCCUGGAUGCGGGGACGCUCGGGCUCACCGUUUUCCACGACGCAGCUCUGCCGCCCGAUGAUUUUGUGGCCAAUUGCAGCAUCAGAUUCGAAGAUCUGGUUCACCGAGAAGACGAUGCAGCUGAUUUCUGGGUCGACCUUGAGCCGCAAGGAAAACUGAGGAUACGAAUAGACCUGAAAUGGACGAAUCAAGAGCAACAACAACCUGGCUGCGGAAGCGGUGGGUUGGGCGGAGGGUCCGGAGACACAGGCGGCGGAAGCGGAGUAGGCGCAGCGAUAGGAGGAAAAGAGCCGAGACGAGAGUUUAAAGAGCGACAAGGUUUCAAUCGCAGAAGAGGGGCGAUGCGAAGAAGGGUGCAUCAAGUCAACGGGCAUAAAUUCAUGGCGACUUUUCUGAGGCAGCCUACAUUCUGCUCCCAUUGUGGCGACUUUAUAUGGGGCUUCGGCAAGCAAGGGUAUCAAUGUCAAGUCUGCACAUGUGUUGUUCACAAAAGAUGUCACGAGUCCGUCGUCACUGUUUGUCCAGGCAUGAGAGACGAAGUAAGUGUUGAACGAACCAAGUUCCUCGAACAGAAACUGAUUUUUUCUCAAGGAAACGUUCAUAUUUUACAGACAACCCAGAGUACCCAGAGCCAAAGAUUCAGUGUCAAUGUUCCCCAUCGCUUUGUCGUACACAGUUUCAAACGGUUCACAUUCUGCGAACAUUGCGGGUCUCUUCUGUACGGUCUUAUAAAGCAAGGCCUACAAUGCAAAGUCUGCCAUAUGAGCGUGCACAAGAGAUGUCAAAAGAAUGUUGCAAACAAUUGUGGUAUCAACAGAAGGCAUUUGGCUGAUCUCUUGAACGAAAUGGGAAUCUCGCCGGACAAUAAGAACAAACCGGCCAGGAUCAACUACCAGUCAUCGAGCCAAUCUGGUGGCUCUGGGUCAUCGGCUCCCCCGAACGAAACGUUCUCCGAAGGGGUGCCAGCCUCGAAAUUGAAAGAACCGACUGACAGCGGAAGCGGCCCAGAUACCGGCUACAGGAAGCUCGGGCUCGAAGAUUUUCAUUUCAUCAAAGUCCUUGGCAAAGGAAGCUUCGGCAAGGUAAUGCUUGCCGAAAGAAAAGGGUCACCGGACGAAGUUUACGCCGUCAAAGUACUCAAGAAGGAUGUCAUCAUUCAGGACGACGACGUCGACUGUACCAUGACAGAGAAACGCAUACUAGCUCUGGCAGCCAAGCAUCCGUUUCUCACCGCCAUACACAGCUGCUUUCAGACCAAAGAUAGGCUCUUUUUCGUUAUGGAAUAUGUCAAUGGAGGUGAUCUGAUGUUCCAAAUUCAAAGAGCUCGCAAGUUUGACGAGGCUCGUGCACGUUUUUACGCUGCCGAAGUUACGCUGGCAUUACAAUUUCUUCACAAGCACGGUGUGAUAUACCGGGAUUUGAAAUUGGACAAUAUAUUGUUGGACCAAGAGGGGCAUUGCAAACUUGCCGACUUCGGUAUGUGUAAAGAGGGCAUAAUCGAAGGUGUCAAAACCACGACGACGUUCUGCGGCACCCCCGAUUACAUCGCGCCUGAGAUACUUCAGGAACUGCAGUACGGCGCGAGUGUCGAUUGGUGGGCGCUCGGCGUUCUUAUGUACGAAAUGAUGGCCGGUCAGCCACCGUUCGAAGCUGAAAACGAGGACGAUUUAUUCGAGUCAAUAUUGAGAGACGACGUCCUUUAUCCGGUAUGGCUGACCAAGGAAGCUGUUGCCAUUCUGAAGGGAUUUAUGACCAAGAAUCCCGCCAAAAGAUUGGGAUGCGUUGCGGCUAACGGAGGCGAGAAUGCCAUACGACUUCAUCCAUUUUUCCGAGACAUGGACUGGGAGGCGCUCGAGGCUCGCAGACUGAAGCCUCCUUUUAAACCGAAAAUUAAAAACAAAAAGGAUGCAAUGAACUUUGAUGCCGAGUUCACGAAAGAAGAGCCGGUCUUGACACCGGUGAAUCCUGAAGAUUUACGCUGCAUAAAUCAGGAAGAAUUCAAGGGAUUCUCAUUCGUUAACACAGACUACAAUCCCGCAAGACUUGCGGGCGAAUAAACGCAGUUGAUAAAAAUCACUUGGAUGUUACGAUCAAGUAAGUUUUUUUUUUUUUUUUUUUUUCCCACCCUCUUCGUUGUUUUCAAGAUAUGUGUAAUGUUUCAUUGGUCGAACUGUACGAGAGGGUAACUGUUCGGUAUGGGUUCAAAUUAAUUCAAUCUAAUUUCAAUGAAAACGGAAGAAAAGUGUAAGCCGUGAAUCGGAGUGAAAAUUGGAAUUUAAACAAGUAACAAAACGUAUACCGCGAUGGAACCUGGUGAGGUCUGAUUUUUCAUCUAAUCUGUAUACAAUAUAGCAAAAGAAAAGAAAAGAAAAACGAAAGGAAGGUCAGAUGAUUUACGAGAAAAUAAGCAUAUCGCAAAUGUUUAUAUGUGACAGAGAUGAAAGUAUAACGAACGGUCAGGCUGCUUGUAGCUUAUCGUAGAAAAGAGAGAGAGAGAGAGAGAGAGAGAGAGGGAGAGAGAGAGAGAGAGGGAGAGAUAGCUAAGGUACUUAUAAUGAGUUAAGCGGAGUAUGGAAUUUUUUCUUUUUUUUCACCGCGAAACUCAUCGGUAUACACGAUUUAUUUUUGGAUAAACCAGAUGAUAGGAAAAAUGGAAGAAGAAAAAGUAGGUGGAGGUUGUGUUUCAAUGCAGUAACAUAAUAUAAUGAUCGACGGACAGUAGUUUAUUAUUUAUUACGUUGACGCAUUUUUUUUUAUCUCGUUCGUUUGAUCUUAGCGCGUUGCUGCUGGUAACUAGCGCGCACAAAACAAAAACAAAAAAAAUAAAAAAUGAAAAAAAAAACCGUCAACUACAACAAAUUUUGCACAAAUAUUACCUCAAGGAGAGCAACUUUUGGUAAAGUUUUAUGCGAACAUGAUUGCAAGUGCACGAAACUUUAAGAAUUAUAGCCCAUGCACAAAAUUGUUGAUAAAAAAAAAAAAAAAAAAAAAAAAUUUGCGAGAUCUGAGCUUUUUCAAACACGUUGUAAAAACGUUAGAAAUUGUAUUUUAAAAAAAAAAGGAAAAAAAAGAAAACAAAGAAACUAAGAUUAUAACUUCGGUUCGUUUAAUUAGUCACAAAUUUUAUCGAUUGUUGCUUUUUAAUCGUUAAAUUUAUAGAAAGGUUAUUUAAGCGAUUAGCGAUUUCUGUUUUCCAUGAUUAAUGCAUUUUGUGUUUAUACAUUUAAAUUCCGCUUCGGGUAGAACCUGAUGCUUUUUCCAUCUCAGAUUAGUUUUUUCAAGCCCGCGUGAUAAUAUUAUUGACAAAUUUUAUUAAUGAGCAAAUGGAUAAUAAUUUAUGAUUUUAUAAGUCAGGUUCAAAAACCCCUAUUUCUAUGAUAAUGCCAUAGUUUGUUACAAAAAUAUAGUAUCUAUUUGGACACAGGUAUAUAUAUAUAUAUAUAUAAUUCAAACAAGAGGAAGAGAGAAAUAAAAUUGAAUAAUAAUAAUAUUAACAACAACAACAACAACAACACUUAUAAAAUAUUAAAUAUUAGUAUGAAAUUAAGGUUAUAUAUUAUAUGCAGGCCACAGGUGGUCUGACCAGAGUAUAUUUAAAUUAUUUUAGCGUACGCCUACCGUAAACAUAUAGUGACCGUAUGUAAAAGAAUAUUUCAAGAAUUUAACAAAAAUGAUAAAAAGAUAAAUCAUACACAUAUAACGUUUAAUUAAGAUACGAUGCAGGCGCAAGCAGAGGAGGAAAAGAAAAAUCAAGUUUUAGUAUAAAGUUAAGAUUUAAAAAAAAAAAACAUAAAUAAAAAAAAAUUAAAAAAAAACCAAAAAAAUAUAUAUAUAUACACAUAGUCAUUGAUGCACCUUCCAGGAUAUUCGUACAUGUUGUCUCUAGUUAGGUACCUUUAAGACUUGAAAACAAUUCUCGACUCGUUGUACGACGGUGGAGAAUCUAUAAAAAUAUAAAAUAUGCGUUAAUAAAUAAGUGAACAAAUUAAUUAUAAAAUAACUAUCGUGCGAAGGUUCGCCGAACGGUUCUUUCGAUCGCAAUUCGCUCGUCUGCGUCGUUUGCCGAGUUUCCGCCGCAUAACCACAAGAACACGUUACAAGUUGUGUCAAGAAAGAUGUGUGAAUUAGGAAUAAAGUGUAAUUGGCGUACUUAAACAAAACAAAAGAAAACAAAAAACGGGAAAAAAACACAAACAAACAAAAAUAAAACUACAAAAUAUUGAUAAUAUUAUAUUAACCAUGGAGUGUAGAGAUCUUAUGGUAUAAGAUAGAGGAUGAAAAAAAAAGAAAACCGCUAGUUUACCAAUCAAGCAUUACGUAUCUAUUUAUUAUAAAGUUAUUGCAAAUCGAAAAGCCGAACGAGAGUCUUUGUCGACGGACGGUUUUUUGAGAUGCACACGUUUGCCGUGCAAGUUAUAAAAAUGGCGGAUGACGGCGGAGCUGGUUGCAGUUUGCCAAAAACCAUUUGGAUGUUUACCUAUAAUAAUAAUAAUGAGAUAAACGACAAAUUAACUAACAAAAAUAUUACAAUGUUAAUUAUUAAUAUUUAAAAAUAACGAUGUACUGCAUACGUAUUUAUAUAUCAUAUACGCCGAUAAAUCUAUGUAUAUAAUUUAUAAAUAUAGAAAAUGUGGCACUCUAUUGAUUAACCGUACAUAUAUUUAUACAUACAUACGUAUACAUAGACGUAUGUAUAUGUAUAAAUAUUGUAACAUAUAUGUGCGAUAAAAUUAUCAAUUACGGUAGAGUUUUUCUUCUGGACCAUUUUGUGACAAAUCAGCCCCAAAUCGUUACAAAAUGGACCAUAAUAAUAACAAUAGUAAUAAUAAUAACACAGUAUAAUAUAAAAUGUAAAAUACGAUAGGAUGGGUUUGAGUAAUUCGAUGUUAUCAUUACGGACUAAGGAUUAGCGUGUCACGCACACGAUCGCUUGAAUUACUUACAUGAUCAUUAACGCACUAACUACGUGUAUAAUAAUCGGUAUAAUCGUUGUACCGUUCAAGCACCAUAUACGUACCAUACAUAAACACAUAUACAUAUACACAAAUAUACAAAUAUACAAAUAUACAAAUAUACAAAGAAAAAUAAAUAUAUUGUAUACGGAAUUUAAAUCUAAUGCGGGGUAUGCUUCGAGUCUGUGCGGGACUCGAAUCAUACAGCUUAAUAGCGUUAGACUUGAUAGUUGUAUACGUAUUAUGUACAACAAGAUAUACGCGUUCUCUCGCCGUUGCGAGGAGAGGUGGGAGAUAAUUUGUACGCCAAUCGCUCCGAGUCGCCGGACUUUCCAAAGCGAUUCGUUCUAUCCCUCGGCAUAUCUUGUACGGUGCAAGGUUUACAAAAAGCCAACUUGAGAAAUGAUAGAAGAGGGGCGAACGAAAACGGAAAAUGAUUUGAGGUGACGAGGGCGUAGGACUGGAGGACCGGUUUCACACGUUAUUCGUAAACGUUGCGUAAUCGAUUGUUUGUCGCACGAUGUUUUACCGUCGUAACGUCAGGUCAUCAGCCUUGUCCUCGUCGAUUUGCCAACCGAUUCGAAACCAAGCCGAAUAUCGAUUUACCCGAGUCGACGUCGAAAGACAUCGAGGCUUUUCCUCGUUCUCUCGGUGACCUUUUUUUCGUGAUCGGUUCUUAGUUUGUUUGCAAAAAAAUUUCACCGUGCUAAAAUUGGAAGACAAUCGGGAGGGCGGUUAUUAUUCACGCGGUUCCGUUUAACGACUUUCGUCCAACCAAUUUUCGAACAAUCUCGCCAUUCGUGACGAAGAAUUAAACGGUCAUAAAAAUAACGUGAAAACGUCGAAGAGAAACGUCGACGUGCUUAGCAAGUUUCGAGCAAGACAGGCACUGCCGAGAAUCGGAAACUAAAAACGACAGAUUUAGAUGCAUUCUUGUAUCUCUUGAUAAUAAUCGUAACAGUAACAGUUAUAGUAAUGUUGAUAAUACUAACGCGAGCAACAAUAAUCAUCGCUUACAUUAAAAGUAGUAGUAUCAAUAAGUAUCGGGUUGCAAAUAAAGAUUUAGAAAAAAAAAAAAAAAAACGUUUGCGCUAUUACAAAAGGCAAGCGCGCGCCGCAUUGACUGAUGUCUAGUCAGAAGAUUUAACAAAAGGAAGGGUGUCACGUUGAACUUGAAUGUUCAGUCGGGAGAUGCAAAAGAUAGAGACAAAGAGAGAAUAUUAGAGUAACACCGGAUGUUUAUUCUAAUGAUAAUUAGAACUGUAAUAAUAAGAAACUAAUAAUAAUAAUAAUAAUAACAAAAACAACAACAACAACAACAGCAGUAAUAAUAAUGAUAUUGAAACAAAAAAUAAAAAUUGAAGAGGAAUAAAAUUAAUUGAAGUUUAAAGAAAAAAAAAAAAAAAAAUGGUUAGUCCGGCCUACGUUUAGUAACACAAGGUAGAGCGUUAAAAAGUAAGAAGGGAUUAACAAAACUGUAUUAUACAUAUAUAAUGUAUAUACAUAUAGUAUAUGUAUAUACCAUAUACAUGAUAUAUCAUUUAAAAAAAAGUUUGAAGAGAGAAAACAGAGAACGGAAGAAAGGUGGAAAAAACAUAAAACAAACUUAGCAUAGACACGAAAACUUCUUUGCAUUGAGUGCGUAGUGAUCGUUAAAAUAAGAUGCGUCAAGUUUUGUUUUUUUUUGCUAUGAGCGUACGUGCGAUAGAUGAGUUUGCGGUCAUAGCGAGCAUUGCAUAUGUAGAAUUGAUGACGGUAAAAGAAAAAAAAAAAAAAAAAAAAACGGAAAAAAAAGUUUGAAAAAAUGAAGCCAAAAAAAUAUCUAUGUUUUAGGUAUAUUUAGUAAAUGUUGAAUCUGGAGCGUAAAGAAGAUAAAUAUAAUUCAAACAUUUCGCCUUGGCUUUUUGCGAUGCUUAACUUUGUCGAGAAAUCAGAAUCGAAGAAAGAAAUGUGUGUAUAUACCAUAUGUUCGUGCGUACAUGGUUGUGGAAUAGAAAAAAAAAAAAAAAGAAAACAACAAAUAAAUAAAUAAAGUUUAAAAAAAAAAA